AUGCCUAUAACGUCAAGCCCCGAUCUGUUCUAUCUCAAUGAUUGUGAUGUCGUCUAUUGGUAUGACCUCACUCGCUUAGUGUGUCAUUAUGUUAAUUUAACAGAGCGCGACCUAUUGGCAAAUGAACGGGAAAAGUUUCUAACUUCCUUGGAUUUAUUAACAGCUCAAAUAACCUAUGUUUAUAUGCUUUUCAGGAAUCUCCGUUUAGUUGAAGAUAGUUUCAAAAAAACCCUCAAAAAACUAAUUUACACCUUGUCUAGGUUUUCAAUAAAUGCAAAUAUUUGGUUUCAUUCCACAUUGUUUGAAGAAAGAGAAGCCAUAGCCUCCCAGAAGGAUCCAGAAAGAAGAUCCCCUCUUCUACAGUCAAUCCUAGGAACCUUCCAAAAAUUUCAUUUUCUACUGCGUUUACUACAUUUCCUCUCAAAUCCUAACGAACUUACAAUACUGCCUCAAUUGACUCCUCGAUUUUUCAAGGAUUCUUUCAAUACAAUUUCAUGGAAUAACCCGUUUUUGCGUAAGCGUCUCAACCAGCAUAUGUCCCAUGACCUACCGAGACAGAUGAUUAAAGCCGUUGCUGGUGCUUCAGGAAUUGUUGCGGAAAAUAUUGAUGAAAUUCCAGCUUCCAAACAGGGCACUUCAUGCUCGUCAGAAACGUCUCACCAUUCACCAUCAGCCCCGUUUCAAAGAAGGAGAAGAGGUACCAUUUUCUCUAAUGUGUCAGGAAGUUCCGAUGAGUCUGACACCAUAUGGUCCAAAAGGAAAAAACCAUACCCGCUAAAUGAAGAAACUCUAAGCCUUGUAAGGGCCAGGAAGAAGCAGCUUGAUGGUAAACUAAAACAAAUGAUCAAAAGUGCUAAUGAAUAUCUCAGUAACACGGCUAAUUUUUCAAAAAUGUUGAAUUUUGAAAUGAAUUUCAAAACCUACGAAGAAGUAAGCGGAACAAUUCCUAUAAUUGAUAUUCUGGAAAACCUAGAUUUAACUAUUUUUCUAAACUUGAGAGAGUUGGGAGAUGAGAAUAGAGUUUUUGACGAAGAUGUCGCUAUUGAUGAUGAAGAUGAAGAGUUUUUGAAACAUUCUUUAUCAUCCCUAUCGUAUAUCUUAUCCGACUAUUUUAAUAUGAAGCAAUAUUUUCAUGAUGUAGUAGUGAAAUUUAUAAUUGUCGCCCAGCAUUUGACAUUAGAGGAUCCUUUCGUUUUCUCGCCAAUGCAAAACGACUUGCCUACCGGUUAUUAUGAACCAAUGAAACCUUCAUCCUUGAAUUUAGAUAAUGCCAAGGAUAAGAAGAAUGGGAGCCAAAAUACUGAUAUCCAAGAGGAGGAAGAUGAAUAUGAGCCAGACCCGGAUAGUCUUAUUCUCUUCCACAACCUCAUCAAUCAAGAUUCUGAUUUCAAUGAUUUAAAGUUUUUUAAUCUCGCCCACGUUUUUAAAAAAUCCUGUGAUGACUAUUUUGAUGUGCUUAAACUAGCCAUUGAGUUCGUGAAUCAAUUAAUUCUAGAAAGAGAGAAUUUGUUAAAUUAUGCUGCUAGAAUGAUGAAAAACAAUAUCACGGAAUUGCUAUUGCGCGGGGAAGAAGGCUAUGGGUCCUAUGACGGCGGUGAAACUGCCGAAAAAAGUGACACGAAUGCUGUUUAUGCAGAUUCAGAUACUAAAGACAAUGACGAAUGGCGUGACAGCCAAGUCAAAUUACCGAGGUAUUUGCAGCGCGAGUAUGACAGUGAACUGAUUUGGGGCUCUAACAAUAGGAUUAAAGGUGGUUCUAAACACGCACUGAUCUCUUACUUGACAGAUAAUGAAAAGAAGGAUCUAUUUUUCGAUAUUACUUUUUUAAUCACUUUCAGAAGCAUCUUUACUACAACGGAGUUUUUAAGCUACUUGAUUUCGCAAUAUAAUUUGGAUCCACCAGAGGAUUUGUGCUUUGAAGAAUACAAUGAAUGGGUGACGAAAAAGCUUAUACCGGUUAAAUGUAGGGUGGUUGAGAUUAUGACAACCUUUUUCAAGCAAUAUUGGUUCCUGGGCUAUGAUGAGCCCGAUCUUGCGACCCUAAAUCUGGAUUAUUUUGCGCAAGUAGCAAUCAAGGAAAAUAUAACAGGAUCUGUGGAAUUACUAAAGGAGGUCAAUCAGAAGUUUAAACAUGGUAAUAUACAAGAAGCGACUGCACCAAUGAAAACGUUAGAUCAACAGAUCUGCCAGGACCAUUACUCGGGCACUUUAUACUCUACCACGGAAUCCAUUUUGGCCGUCGAUCCAGUUUUAUUUGCCACUCAAUUAACGAUACUAGAGCAUGAAAUUUAUUGUGAGAUAACCAUUUUUGAUUGUUUACAAAAAAUUUGGAAGAACAAGUAUACAAAAUCGUAUGGGGCUUCACCGGGUUUGAACGAGUUUAUCAGUUUUGCCAAUAAACUGACAAAUUUCAUAUCCUACUCUGUUGUAAAGGAGGCUGAUAAAAGUAAGCGCGCCAAGCUACUCUCUCAUUUUAUUUUUAUCGCAGAAUAUUGUAGGAAAUUCAAUAACUUUUCUUCCAUGACUGCAAUCAUUUCAGCAUUAUAUUCUUCACCAAUUUAUCGUUUAGAGAAAACCUGGCAGGCAGUUAUUCCUCAAACGAGAGAUCUAUUGCAGUCACUGAACAAGUUGAUGGAUCCCAAGAAAAAUUUCAUAAAUUACAGAAACGAGCUGAAAUCUUUACAUAGCGCUCCCUGCGUACCGUUUUUCGGCGUUUAUUUAUCUGAUCUAACCUUUACUGAUUCCGGAAAUCCGGAUUAUCUUGUCUUGGAACAUGGUUUAAAGGGUGUCCAUGAUGAGAAGAAAUAUAUAAACUUCAACAAAAGGAGCAGACUUGUUGAUAUCUUACAAGAGAUCAUAUAUUUCAAGAAAACACAUUAUGAUUUCACUAAAGAUCGGACGGUAAUUGAAUGUAUAUCAAAUUCAUUGGAAAACAUCCCCCAUAUUGAGAAACAAUACCAAUUAUCAUUAAUUAUUGAACCAAAACCAAGAAAGAAAGUCGUUCCGAAUUCCAAUUCGAAUAAUAAAUCACAAGAAAAAUCCAGGGAUGACCAAACCGAUGAAGGAAAAACAUCCACUAAGAAAGACAGAUUUCCAAAAUUUCAAUUACAUAAGACAAAGAAAAAAGCUCCCAAGGUUUCUAAGUAA